ACGCAGGAGCGGGGCUGCGCGGAGGGCGAGCUGCCGCAGAGAGGCCCCUGCCAGCCGGGCACCAGCGUCAACCUGGAGGGCAUCGUGUGGCACGAGACGCAGGAAGGUGUGCUGGUGGUGAACGUGACCUGGAGGAAGAGGACGUACGUGGGGACUCUGUUGGACUGCACCAAACACGACUGGGCUCCUCCCAGGUUCUGCGACUCCCCGUGCUCGGACCCUGACCUUCCCGGCGCUCGCGGUCGGGGGAAGAGGCUGCGUUUGGCUCUGGGCGACCGCUCCUGCCUCGACUCUCCCGCCGCUAAAGUCCGCGCGCUGACGGCGCCGCACCGGAGCAGAGGAGGCGCCGCCAGCUCUCUCCACAAGGGGCGCCGCGGCAGCCUCAACCUCAUCAACGCCAACGGACGCUCCUCCUUCUUCACCGUGGACGAUGUCAAAUCCACCAACAGUUUGUCCGGGAAACGUAAGAACAAACCGCCGGCGGAUUUGGAUUUGAGUUUAGUGGGAGCGGACGAUAUUAAAAACGGCAACGGGAAACGCAUCCGAGCGAAGUCGCGUAGCGCCCCGUCGACGCCGCAAGGAAAAAACGAUCCCUCCUUCAUGGACCCGGGCGGAGGCGGACUGCCCAUCCUCAUCGACUGCCCCCACCCCAACUGCACCAAGAGAUACAAACACAUCAACGGACUGCGCUACCACCAGACGCACGCGCACCUGGAGGCUGAGAAACCCGACGCAGACGCCAUGAAGGACGUGGAGAGCGAGGAGCGGCUGUCCGACUGCGAGGACGCCAUCAGCAGCUACGAGAUUUCGGAAAGUUCGGUGAAGAAAGCGGCGCCAUUAUAUAAAGUCACUACAGUGGGGUCUCCGAAAAACAGGCGGCUUCUGCUGAGCACGGAUCAAAACGCGAAAACACGGCGGACUUCUAUUCUCAAAGACGGACUCAUAGACGAUUUGACGAAUUUACCGAUCAUCUCGAACAUGACGGUGGUGCUUGAAAACUGCAUGGUGCCGGACAGGAACUCCUCCGUGGAGAUGCCCAAACUCGAAGCGGAAGGUUUGAUCGAUAAAAAGAGCAAAAAGGCGAAUGGAAAAGUCGAAAAGAUCUCAAAAUCGAGAAUAAAUCGCCCGAUCGCUCCGGCGCCCGCUCCUCCGAAACUCAUCGCGAUCCCAAACACGUCGUACGGUGCAAACUCAGAAAACCCAGCGGUUCAGCAGCAGCCUCUGAGUUUAACCACCAAAAAUAUUCCGUUAAAACCGAUUAAACCAAAAUUAAGUCUGGUGGUGGAGCCGAGUUUGGUCAAAGCGACGCUCGUGGGGUGUAGCAAAGAGCUCAAAAAGAAGGAGAAGAAGAGAUUGAAAGACAAAUUAGCUAAAGAUAUUGCGAGCAGAGCGGCAAACGGCGAAAACUGUAAACUAGAGGAAAAUGGAACCAAAAUGGUGGUGAAAGAGAUUCCGGGGAGUCUUCUGAAGGAGCACUUGAGCAAACAGGAAGUGCUGAACGGCGUGUCGGAGACGCCGGAGAGCCGCAUGGCGAGUAUCCGAGCGGAGGCCGAUAAAGUCUACACGUUCACGGACAACGCGCCGAGUCCGUCCAUUGGCGGCUCGUCUCGCGUGGACGGCUGCAGUGUGGACAGUAAAAACAACAGCCCCGCGUAUUCGGACAUAUCGGACGCGGGCGAGGACGGCCUCGCCAAAUCCGUGUCGUCCGAGGUUAGUGUUAAUCCGAAUUCGGCGAAGAACCCGGUGAAAGAAAACCCGCAGUCCCCUUAUUACCAUGGUUACGAGCCGUACUACCUCCAGGGAUACGCGCCACCCGACAGACAGAGGAAGGAGCGCAAAGACGAGGCCAAGGAAGACGAGAAGAGCUCAGAGUUUUCCGAAAGUAAAAAAUCAGACGGACAAUCGCAGCUGCAGUUAGCCAUGAGUCAAACGGCACUGGCGCAGUCGUUGUAUUACGGCCAGUACUCGCGGGGGAUGUACGUGGACCAGAAGUUGGUCCUGAGCUCCAAGUGCUGCGACCAGAAGCCGAGGGGCCGAGACGCGGACGACCUGAGGCCGGGGAAAGACGGGAGCAGCGGGAAAAGCCCCAAAGCGGCGCAUCCGUACGUGGAGCUAAGCGCAGACAGGGGGCAGCAGAGGGACACUGACGAGCUCUCUCAGGCGGAGCUGGACUCUAGCGCCCCCUACGCCACUAGGUGCUACUCGGACUGUGACUCCCGGAUCUGCGGCACUGCGGCGAUCGGUCCUUACAUUUCAAACCUGCUGACAGAACUUUUCCACAACGUCCAGAAGUGUCCCUCUUCCUCAGACGGCGGCGCCUGGAGGAGCUUCGUCCACGGCAAAUACGGCGAGGAGGAUCCGGGCGGCGCUCCGGAGCUCACGCCCGCCGCCCAGGACCGAGACGGGAAGGCGGGCGACGAGCAGGACCACCAGGGGGCGCCGUGCGAGGACAGCCAGAGCGCCAGGGCGGCCGUGUCUCCCCCGUCGCCGCAGCCCUACGCCCAGUACCACCCCCCCGCCUACCCGCCCUACCUGCCCGGCAUCAGCGAGACGUCCGCGGGCAACUACAGGGGCCUGUCCCCCACGCUGGUCCACUCCUACCCAGAUGUUUCCGGCCUGGAACGUGCCGUGUUUCCUGCAGGUUUUCAUUACCCUCUGUACGGGAAGACGGCCGGGCGAGAGGAGCAGGAGGGCGCAGUGACCAGAGGGGGCGCCGUCAGCACUAAACACUCAGACUCCACAGGGUUAGAGCUGCUGCCUCAGACGCACCAGUGCCACGGGAAAUCUCCAGCCACCAAGAAGAAGGGCUCUCCUGCAGAACUAUCUCCCGGGGAGAAAGGUUCUCCGGAGACAGACUCGGACAGGACCCACGUGUCGUUUGGACGUCACCUCCACAGUCACCACUCUGCCCUCGGACUGAGCUACGGCCUGGUGCAGCCGCAGUACGACCUGUACACAGAACAUCCACACAACCUCCAGCGUAUUCUCCGACCGACCGCGCCACCUCCAGCUGAGCCCGGUCCUCCCGCAGACUCCUGGACCGGACCGGACCUGGACUCAAGCCGGGGUCCACAGUGCAGGACCACGGGAGGAUCGCGCGUUUACAGGGACGCACCAGCAGGGGGAGACAGAACCACCGCCAACGCCAACGCCGCAGACUCCGCCCCCGACACGUGA